CCGGAAGUGUCUUAUCCCAUAUCGAAACAUUUUGAAAGCGGAGUCGAGCGGUUCUGUCCAUUAAGACACUGAAAGAGACUGAAAAUUUAAGGCAAGCUGCUCUUCAUCAUCAUCGUCAUGUUGCUUGGGGUCUGGAUCAGAACGUAUUGAUCCGUUUUCAGGACCGAGUGUUGGUGUUGGAGGAGGACAUGGCUGACAGAACCACUGCCAGUCCCUGUUCGUCAGCACCGAGCAGUCCCACCGGUCUGAACCAGGGAAUCCUGCUUGAACCUGAAGACUACCUCUACCAGGACCUGACUAGGCUCGUCCCAGAAACCCCCAGCCCACAGCUCGGGAAGCGGAGGAGACGGUGCUGCCGCACCCCUCAGGAGCGUCGCAGCUCCGUGGCGCUGAGGGACCCUACAGAACCGCACCGACCCACCAGCAGUGGACGAAGCUUUUCACAGAAGUCCAAACACAGGCGGCUGGUGGAGCAGAACCCCGGCUUCGUUCCCGCCUCCUCUCUGAAAACUUUUCCGUUGGGGAGCUGGCUGGAAGCCCCCUCCUCAUCCUCAUCUUCCUCGUCAUCAACCUCCUACCUCACUCCGGAGUCGGUCCUCCGGUCGAAGCAGACCCGUACGGCAGCCUCGCCCGCCGCGGCGUCCAGCCCCGACUCUCUGACCUUCCUGACCGACGAGGAGAGAAGAUGGCUGAACGGAGAACAGGAGGACUUCUCGCCAGCGGUGGUGGAGCAGAUCAUAAUCAGCGACGACGAAGAGGCGGCAGUUUGCUCGCUGCAGAUGGAGGAAGACGAAGCUCUGGCUCGAAGCCUGCAGGCUCAGUUUGACCGGGAGGAGUCACUCAGCAGACAUCUUCAUCAUCCUCAUCAUCAUCAUCGGAGCCAGCACACGUUCUCUGUGGAGCCCAGCUGGAUGUCUCAGGUCCUGGCUGCCGUGUCUCCUCUGGUGGACCUGGAAGACGAUCUGAUUGGUCAGCGCAGGCGGCGUGGGCGGAGCAGGAGGAGGAACAUCUUACCGGACCUGUCAGGCGAUCUUCAGGGAAACGACUACGAGGCUCUGCUGGAGUUCGAGGAGCGUCAGGGCGCUGUCGUGAACAAAAAGAUGUCCCGCAGGGAAAUCCAGAGGUUUCCCACCAAAUCUUUCCGGUCUUCAACCAGUGGGAACAUGCAGUGUCAGAUAUGUUUCUGUGACUACACCGACGGGGAGAAACUGAGGAUACUGCCUUGUUUCCAUGACUACCACAUCCAGUGCAUCGACCAGUGGCUCAAGGACAACAACACCUGUCCAAUCUGCAGAGCCACCCUGUCGGACGGUGCCUCUCUGAUCCCUACGACCCUCUAACAGCACGAC